AUGAGGGUCCUGGUCUUGGUCUUGGCUUGUCUACAUCUCUCAGGAGGUGUGGAAAGGAUCAUUCUGAGGAAAGGCAAGUUUAUCCACCAGACAGUGGAGGAGCAGGGCGUACUGGAGACGCUUCUGAGGCACCACCCAAAGGCUGAUCCAACCACCAAGUAUCAUUUCAAUAAUGAUGCUGUUGCUUAUGAGCCCAUUACCAACUACAUGGAUUCUUUCUAUUUUGGAGAGAUCAGCUUUGGGACAUCACCCCAAAAUUUCCUAGUCCUCUUUGUCAGGGGCUCCUCCAAUCUGUGGUUGCCCUCCAUCUAUUGCCAGAGCCAAGCCUGCUCCAGUCACAACAGGUUUAACUCCAGCCUGUCCUCCACCUUCAGAAAUAAUCGGCAAACCUAUACACUGCCCUAUGGGAGUGGCAGCCUGAGUGUGUUCCUGGGCUAUGACACCGUGACUGUUCAGAACAUCAUCAUCAAUAACCAGGAGUUCGGCCUGAGUGAGAAUGAGCCCAGUGACUCCUUCUACUAUUCAGACUUUAACGGGAUCCUGGGAAUAGUCUACCCAAACACGGCAGUGGGGAGUACCCCAACAGUGAUGCAGGGGCUGCUGCAGCAGGGUCAGCUCACUCAGCCCAUCUUCAGCUUCUGCUUCACACCCCAGUCAACCCGCCAGUAUGGUGGAGAGCUUAUCCUUGGAGGUGUGGAACCCCAACUUUGUUCUGGUCGGAUCAUCUGGACCCUUGUCACCCAGGAACUGUAUUGGCUACCUCCUUUUUAAGGCCAACUUCAUUCUUUUUUGUUCUUUCUUCUUUUGUUUCCUCUGACUGCGUAUUUUCAAAUAGCGUGUCUUCCAGCUCACUAAUUCUUUCUUCAUCUUGAUAAAUUCUUCCGUUGAGAGAAUCUGAUGCUUUCUCCAGUAUGUCAACUGAAUUUUUUAGCUCCAGAAUUCCUGCUUGAUUUUUAAAAAUUAUUUCAAUCUCUUUGUUAAGUUUAUCUGAUGGGAAUCUGAGUUCCUUCUCUGUGUUGUCUUGAUUUUUUUUUUUCUCAAAAUAGCCAUUUUAAAUUCUGUUUGAAAGGUCACAUAUCUCUGUUACUCUAGGA